AUGUCUCUUCGUCGAACAAUUAUAUUUGGUGUUGUAUCAUUUAAUCGUUUAGCAAAACAAAUUAAAACUGCUUUACCUUAUGCAUUAGGUACAGCUACAGCUGUUACUUAUUGUUAUAUUCAAAAUCCAUUUAACAAACAUCAUGCUGCUAUGCUUGAUUUUUUUCGUUUGACACCAACUUCCCUUGAUACUGAUGUUUCAGAAAAUUAUCCUGAUAAACCAUCAGAAUCAUUCAUGGCUGAACCACUAACCAAUGAAGAUAUUCUUAAAAAAGGUUCGAAUUUAUAUAGACAACGAAUGGAAAUUUUUAUAUUAAAAUUACAAAAACAAAUUUGUCAUUCAUUGGAACAAUGUGAAGCUAAAACAAAUAGUGGAAUUCAAUUUAAAAUCGAUCGAUGGACUCGAGCAGAAGGUGGUGGUGGUAUAACAUGUGUUAUGCAAGACGGAGAAGUUUUUGAAUCAGCAGGUGUUAAUAUAUCAGUUGUUCAUGGUAAAUUACCAGCUCAAGCAAUAGAACAAAUGAGAAAUCGUGGACAUCAAUUUGCUUCUCAAAAUAUACCAUUAGAUUUUUUUGCUGCUGGAAUUUCAUCGGUUAUUCAUCCUAGAAAUCCACAUGUACCAACAUUACAUUUUAAUUAUCGAUAUUUUGAAUUAGUUGAUGCUGAUGGAAAAGUACAUUGGUGGUAUGGUGGUGGUACUGAUAUGACACCUUAUUAUUUAAACGAGAAUGAUUGUAAACAUUUUCAUGCAACAUUAAAAAAGGCUUGCGAUAAAAAUAAUCAUACUUAUUAUCCAAGAUUUAAAAAAUGGUGUGAUGAAUAUUUCAAUAUAACAUUUCGUCAUAAUGAACGUCGUGGUAUUGGUGGAGUAUUUUUUGAUGAUUUCAAUGAAUCCAAUCAAGAAUCCUGCUUUAGUUUUGUUAAAGAUUGUGCAAAUACAGUUAUUCCAUCUUAUAUACCUGUAGUACAAUCAAAUUAUCAACGAUCAUAUACAACACAAGAACGUGAUUGGCAAUUAUUAAGACGUGGACGUUAUGCAGAAUUUAAUCUUGUAUUAGAUCGUGGUACAAAAUUUGGUUUACAAACACCCGGUUCACGAAUUGAAAGUAUUCUUAUGUCAUUACCACCGGUAGCUAAAUGGAAAUAUACAUGGGAUCUCAAACCUGAUUCACCAGAAAUGAAGCUUAUGAAAGUUUUAAAAGAACCAAAAGAAUGGGUUUAA